AUGGCGUUUUAUAUGAAUCGAUCGAGUAGCUAUGUACCGGGGCGAAAUCGGGUUGUCGACGACAUUAUGCGUGCCUGGCAAGAAAAAUACUGCACAUAUACGGAAGUUAAUGUUUGUGUUUCCACCUUUAAUGUGAAUGGACAACAAGCUCCACGGAAUAUUAUGGGAUGGUUUCCGAGGGACAAGAAAGCAGACUUCUACAUUGUUGGGCUACAAGAAAUCGACCAAUCUUUUGGGGCUCACAUCAUCGACAACGUAAAGAAAGAAAUUGACUGGAUUGAAUGCAUACGAAACUCCCUUCCAAAUCCAAACGACUAUAUCAAGAUUCGUUCACAUCGAUUGGUUGGUGUUUUCAUCGUCAUGUUCAAGUUGGUGAAGUGUAAUGUUCACGUAUCCGAAGUGAAGUCGAGUAUGCUGGCGACAGGAAUCUCAGUUAUGGGAACCAAGCUAGGAAAUAAGGGUGGCACUGGUAUCUCGCUAAAGUUGAACGACUCGCGCAUUUGUUUUAUCAAUUGCCACUUAGCGGCUGGAAAUGGGGAAUUGAAACGACGAAAUCAAGAUUUCAGGGACCUCACAAAUUUGACAUUUGACUGGUAUGCGAGCAUUUGGAGUCACGACGCUAUAUUUUGGUUCGGUGAUCUGAACUAUCGGCUGGCAGACGACAUGCCUUAUACGAAUGAAGAAAUUAGAGAAAUCGCAGCUACUGAAUACGCCCAUUUCCUUCUCCAGUAUGAUCAGCUUAACGGCGAAAAAAAGAGGGGACAAGUGUUUACUGGCUUUGAAGAAACACCACCAGCGUUUCGUCCAACCUACAAAUAUGAUGUCGGAACUUGUCAAUGGGAUAGCAGUGAAAAGGAUAGAGCUCCUGCAUGGUGUGAUCGGAUUCUUUGGCGAAAACUCGAUCCAUAUACACACAUCACGCAAACAUCCUAUGAUUCCCUUGAGGCGGUGGUAUUGUCAGAUCACAAGCCGGUAAUUGCCUAUUUUCGGUUACGACUGCGGACGAUCGACCAGCAGAAGAUGGAUAAGUCAUAUGAAGAUGCUGUCUGGGAAGCCUAC